CGGCGCCCGCGUCAGCGCCCUCCUCCCGGGGCCCCGUGCGGCUCUGCUCGCCUCUGCCGCUGCGCUAAUCGGCCCCGCGCCUGGCCCCGCGCCUGGUCCCGCGCCUGGCCCGGCGCGGCCUCCUUCCCGCCCGCCGCUGCCGCCCACCCGCGCCGCCCGGCGCCCGAGCUGCCCGCGGGCUGGGUCCCCGCGGCCCGAGCCGCCCCGGCCGGGCCCCCAAACGAGGCCGAGAUGACUUCCAAGGAGGACGGCAAGGCGGCGCCGGGGGAAGAGCGGCGGCGCAGCCCGCUGGAUCACCUGCCGCCGCCCGCCAACUCCAACAAGCCGCUGACUCCGUUCAGCAUCGAGGACAUCCUCAACAAGCCGUCUGUGCGGAGAAGUUACUCGCUGUGCGGGGCGGCGCACCUGCUGGCGGCGGCGGACAAGCACGCGCCGGGCGGCUUGCCCCUGGCGGGCCGCGCGCUGCUCUCGCAGACCUCGCCGCUGUGCGCGCUGGAGGAGCUCGCCAGCAAGACCUUUAAGGGGCUGGAGGUCAGCGUCCUGCAGGCAGCUGAAGGCCGCGACGGGAUGACCAUCUUUGGGCAGCGACAGACCCCUAAGAAGCGGCGAAAGUCUCGAACAGCCUUCACCAACCACCAGAUCUACGAGUUGGAGAAGCGUUUCCUCUACCAGAAGUACCUGUCCCCCGCCGAUCGCGACCAAAUCGCGCAGCAGCUGGGCCUCACCAACGCUCAGGUCAUCACCUGGUUCCAGAAUCGGCGCGCCAAGCUCAAGCGGGACCUGGAGGAGAUGAAGGCCGACGUGGAGUCCGCCAAGAAACUGGGCCCCAGCGGGCAGAUGGACAUCGUGGCGCUGGCCGAACUCGAGCAGAACUCGGAGGCCGCGGGCGGCGGUGGCGGCGGCUGCGGCAGGGCCAAGUCUAGGCCUGGCUCUCCGGCGCUCCCUCCAGGCGCCCCGCAGGCCCCGGGCGCCGGGCCCCUGCAGCUCUCGCCCGCCUCCCCGCUCACGGACCAGCCGGCCAGCAGCCAGGACUGCUCAGAGGACGAGGAAGACGAAGAGAUCGACGUGGACGAUUGAGCGGCGCCCGGGAUCUUCCACCGCGCCGGGCCCCUAGCGCCCGUCUGCCCGCCGCCUCCCGGACCGCCGAGGGGAGCUGGGACCUCCUCUGCAACUCCCGCCUUCUUCCCUGUCUCCGGCCCGGACUCAGCUCCCGGCAGCCGCCUCCUCCCUCUCGAAGCAAUAAACCCGGGCUGGCCGGCCGGGCCGGCCGCCGCGCGCGGCCUCCGCCGCCCCGGGAGCCCUUGCCGUGCAAUUCUGUAUGGCUCCUGUAUAAAUAUUUAAACCUAUAUAGCGGGUUCUUCCCACCUCAGCCUGACUUUUUUUCUUUCUUUCUUUCUUUUAUUUUUUAAAAUCUCGGAGAUUUCCAUGUUUUCAAAGCUCUCAGGCUGCCGGGUUUGCUGAGGGCGAGGCAGUAUCGAGGGUAACGAACACUGAAGCCCGCGGUCCGGAGGAGGGGGCGCGCCCCGACUGUUUUGAUUUUUCUCUGCAUGUGGCGAAUGCACUGGCCCUCUUCCUCCUCGCCUCCCUAGGCCUAUUGCAGUUGACUUCUUUUAUUUCCAUCUGCCCCUUUUCCCCGCGUGGGAAGGGGCUGAGGGGGACAGCCGGGUCCUGACUUGCAAGUGUCAAAUCGAUCUCUUCUCUCCCCCCACCCCCGUCCCCAGAAGUCUGUUUUCGAUGCCGGUUUCUGCCUCCCAAUGUCCACUAACGCUAUUUUUAAGAUUCCUCCUUACCCUCUCUCGGUUUCCUUGGAUUGACUGCUGGGGUCCGGGUCUUAGGGACAAAGCAGGGGGAAAUCCAACCGAUCAACCAACUAAAACAGAACCCAAAGCCCUAGAAUUAUUUUUUACUCUUUCUAGAAUUUUUUUGCAUGUGACAGAGACUAAGAGGAGGCCGACCUAAGCCCUCACCCCACCUCCUCCGCGGCUCUGGCUCUGUCUUGCAGGUCUCCAACGCCCCGCUCCUAGCUCGACUUGGCCAGACAAGGGUGACUCGAUGAGGGUGGGUCCUGCGUGCCCCUUCCCUGCUCCUGCCCUCUCCUCUCCGGACUGUACCCAAGGCCUCUUUCUCCGAUAAAUAAAGUCUUUGCCAUUUUACUAGAA